GAAACCAUGAAACAGUAAUCGUAGAGGCGGAUGUAAACAAUCGGACAAUUGCCAGAGGAAAAGUAGAAGAGUUCAGUAAUUGUACCACUUCUUGGGGGACAUAAGUGAUACCAGAUACGAAAUGUCAGUAUGUUAACAUCAUAAAUGUUAUCGACGGAAGUGAAAUAAUUCAAUGCAGCGCAUCCGAAAUACAACUGCUGGCGGAAGGAUAAUUAUUCAUUGUUUUCACGUUCCCAGGUCACGGCUACAAGCCAUCUGGCUAAACUGAGCAGUGAGUUUAUUUUCGACUUUGCGUGAGGUCCGAAAUGACAGGAUGUCGGAAAAGGGCGUUUUUUCCUCUUACAGUUCACUUCUCGUGCUAAGGUGAUCAAGGUCGUUGCAGAUGCUCGAUUAUGCUAAUGCAAUAUUUUUGAUGUUGGAUAAUUCAAAAAUUGGCGUACCAUCUGGAUUUUCGCAACAGCCGUUGUGUUGGAAUUUCUACUUGUAUUUGUUAUAUAAAUUAAUCCAAUUUGCGAGUUAUGGUGGUAAUAAGUGUUACAAUUUAAUUUUCAGAAACGCUGAAACAUCUGUUUUAAAAUCAUUAACAGCUCUAUUGUGAAUGGGCUGAAACAAUGCAAUAUUUUGUGACACCUGUUUUCGCGAGUUUAAAACGCCGCGCGUUUGGCGAACGGCACACACUUGUAUUGGGUAAACCAUUCAAUAGACACAGCGAAGGUGUGAAAAGGUAGUGUAUGAAAAACAAGCGGAGUUAAAGUAGCGAACAGUCUUACUGACAUUGGAGCGAAUAGAGUUAACACUGUUGGAGCAUUGUUAAAACGAUCACUGUUUAAAAAGGGCGUGCUUUAGUGUUCUGGAAACAGUGUGUCGAUUUAAUGCAGGUUUAAUCGAUUACUUUUUGUAGCUUAUAUGGCUGUCAGUCCAUAGUAAUGAAUUGUCAGUUUAACUUUUUCGCACAGUGUUAAGUGAAAUAAUACUGAUAUUGAUAGUAAUUGAUGAAUUUUAUGUGUGAACGUACAGUUAUACGUAUGUAACGUUACACAUUGACCCGAUGAGAUAACGUUUCAGUAGGCGGCAAUAAAUGAAUUAUCGGACUAAGUUAUAAAAAAAUAUAUUAAAGUGAUAAAUAAGUAUUUAGUUCGCACAAAUACCAUUGCGUUGUAUAAUUUAUAAAAUAUGUAGAUGUGGAAGUUUAAAUUAUACUGGAUUGUAAAUAUAUAAAUUUAAUUUGGUGUUAAAUUUAUGAAAAAUUCUGAAAAGCACACAACAUCAGUUAAUGUGAAACAAAAAAUACACAGCAUGACAAAGCUGCUUUCGAUUGGAUUAGAAUUUUAAUGAGCUAGGGUUUGAUUCUUUAAUGAAGUGAAUUCCGGGAACUUAAAUAUAAUCAAGGGAUUUUACGCACACGGAUCAAAGGACCAAGGGGCCAGCAUGAGGAUGCAUCACGAGCAAACCCUCGUAACCAUGAUGAUUGUACUGACCCUGUGCAUGGACGGGGUCGUUGGGGUCAAGUGGCUGGCGCUGUUCCGGAACACAGAAAAAGUGUGGCCGAGCGCGAAAGAGUGCCGGAAAGCGAACGGCCUGACAGCGGACCAGAUCAAGCUGUGUCAGCAAAAUGUGGACUUGAUGGGCACGGUGUCCAUAGCGAGCGCCCAAGGUGUGGACGCUUGUCAGAAGCAGUUCUUCGACCGCCGGUGGAACUGCUCCACCAUCGCGCAGGUGCCAACCCUCACGAAGGAGUUGAAGCGAGGCACAAGGGAGCAAGCGUUCACCUACGCCAUAGCCUCGGCCAGUCUCACGCAUUCCAUGGCGCGCGCUUGCAGUGUGGGAAUCACCACGAAAUGCUCGUGCGGAAAACUGCCUCACGAGGCGCCCACGGGGGAUUUCAAGUGGGGUGGAUGCGGGGACGACGUGGAGUUUGGUCUGCGGUUUAGCGAGCUAUUCACCGCCUACCACAACGACAAGAUGUCCAAGAACAAGAAAACGAUGAUGAAUUCGCACAACACGGCCGCUGGAAAUAAGAUUGUCAGCGACAGCCUAACCACGGCCUGCAAGUGUCACGGUGUUUCCGGUUCCUGCUCAAUCAAAACCUGCUGGAAAGCGCUGGCAGACUUCGGACAAAUCGCCGAGACUCUCAAGAACAAAUACGGCACCGCGAUCGAAGUGAAAAGCACGCGCAAACACGGUGUACACAAGUUUGUGUCAGUGAAUAAGUUUCAAAAAAUUAACACCAUACCAAAUGAUGGAUUAGUAUAUAUCAAAAAGUCUCCUGACUACUGCUCCCUCGACCGGAAGCUGGGAUCCAUUGGGACUAAAGACAGAACCUGUGAUCCUAGAAGCACGGGGCCUGGGGGCUGUGAUAUUAUGUGUUGUGGGCGAGGCUACGAAUCAAAUGACGUCACAAUUGUAGAACGCUGCGAGUGCAAAUACUAUUGGUGCUGCUACGUUAAAUGCAAAACAUGUUCUAAGACAAUACGGUUACAUACGUGUAGAUAAGAAAGUGAUGUCCAAAGCACGGGUGAACAAUGCGCUGGAACAGUGUGCCUUUAAUUUGAGAGUUGCAUCUCAGCAUUUGUGAUAUAUCCAUCUGAGAUUAGUGGGGAAAUCCGCGCCGGAAUCGGACGAAAACGGUACGUUUCCACAAAUGGAAUUAUACUAACGAAGGGAGGAUACUCAUAUUGAAUAGUAUUCCACGUUGAAUAGCAUUACUCCCCUUAGUUUCGAACAAAAAUUCUCGAUUGAUAUGUAGGUUGAGAUUUUAUAUGGACUCGAAAAAGAUUUGGAUCGAAAAUUGAAAACUGACAUUUAACGUGUAUGCAGUGAUGUUGAAAACGGUUGUGACGUUAAUUCAUUGAGAUACAUAGCAUAUUUGCACAUAAGUGAUGGAUUUAUAAUGUAACGUGUGAUAAAACAUUGUGUUUUGUUUAGACCGUCACGGACUUACGUCUUAAGAGGUUGGCGUUUACCUGACUUUGACGUCAUGAUGUGCAAUUACUUAAAACAGGGAUUACUACAAAUUACUAGUGCUAUGUACUUAUUUAGAUUGGGUGUUUUGAGGUGUGCGUUUUUUUCUUUGUUAUUGCAACCGCCGAUAACCACCUUUGUCUUUACGUUUAAUUGAUAUGUUUUGUAAAUUAAUUAAGCUAGGUUUAAUGAAUUUGUUUUCGCAUUGAUUAAGCUAUGCUUAUUUUUAUAGAACUCGUUUUCCGGUGGUAGUUUCAAUUCUAAUUAAUUGAAAUUCAAAGAAAAUUUGUUUUUAAUAAUUAUUGAUUUUAUUGCCAAUAGUUCAUACAUUAAAAAACUAACCCACAUAUUGGCGUGUAUGAAAUUAAGAUGAUUAAGCACACUUUUCCUCAAGAGACGAAUGAAUUAAAAAUGCGACUCUCGGUUCAAAAUCAAUGAAACGACAAUUUAUGCGUGAGAUUAUAUUACAGAUAUUUAUUAACUACUCAUUGUAUGUGUUUAUUUAUUUAUUUGUGAAUUUUUCCCCUUACUUUUUGUCUGAAAUAAUAUAUGCAUACCUACAAAUGUAACGCUACUUGUGCAACUGUACUCACUCGUUAUUUUGAAAUAACUCUACUCGAGAAAUCUAAGAUAGCUUGCCUUUGCCAAAGUUGGUAUUGUUUCCAGGGCCCUCAAUCUGUCAAAUCUACGGCCGAAAUUCGGCCGCAUCCCCCCCCCCCCUCUAAAAAGUAUACCUUUUUCCCCUUUUUGGGGGAAAAAUUCCCCCUAAAAAAAUAUGUAUAUAUUUAUUUUUUUAAUAGAUGAUAGAUGUCUCAUGAUUAUUAUAUCUCAAUUCUAUUUUAAUUUAAGCUUGUCAAACAUACUAAAUUAUGAAAUAAGCAAUGAAUAUAGUGCAAACAUGUGCAAAUGUAAUAAUUAGAGUAAGUUAAAAAUCCCCCUAAAAGGGAAACGCCGCGAAAAUUCCCCCUGCUAUGGGUAGCGACCCGCUUCCCCUAAAAUGGAUUGAGGGCCCUGGUUUCUAAAACAAGGUGCAAUGGCACAAUUCAUUCAUUGAUCGAAAGUAUAAUAUAUUCACGGAGUCAUCAGAAGCUAAGUUCUCUUAAGUCGUGUAUGACUUGCAGUAAAAGUAAUAUAUCGAGCUUUCUGGUUGCUUUAGGAUGCAUAAUUGGUAUUUGUGUUAGGUAUUCAGUUUCAUGAUUACACAAACAAACGUGUAACAUUUAUUUAAUGAAUAUAUAAGAACCGUUGAUAUAGUUUCAUCAGUAACUGUAUUGUACUCUUCGGAAUUUCAGGCAAACACGUUUUGUUGAAUUGUGUAAUCGCUUCAGUAAUGUUUACUAAAGGUUAUUAAGUAAGUCAGGGCACAAGUUAUAGUUGUAUUUUUUUUUUAACUUUCGCAAUAAAUAGUGAAUUGUGAGAUCGAUUUAUUUUCCAAGCUGCAAAGAGGAUUUUAAGGUAAUUAUUGUUCAAACAAUUAGUAAUACAACUAAAUUAAAUAUACAUAUUUUAUACUAGAAUAUAAACUAUAUAUUCAUUUUCUUCCGAUUUGUUGUGUUUUUUUAUGUGUAACUUUCUUCUGUAAAAAUUUGUUUUAUGGCAUAUUUGGCAUAUUUUUUUUCCUGUUAUUUAUACAACAAUUGUUUUGUGAUUUGUAUAUAUUUCAGUUUUGUACAUUUGUAGUAAAAGUGUAUUGUUUCAUGUACUUUGUAUUGCUUUUACAUUUUAUGAUGAACCGAAGAACCGAAAUUGCGCGAAAUAUUCCUCCUAUUAAAAACACUACAA